CCAACCGGAAAUAGAAAAGCAAGUAAAACCGAUGACGAUUUGACUCCACCUCAUGAUGCCAUUUAGCAACAGAUGAGCCGCGGUGCCUGUUCAUUCCGUGCUGCCCACGGUCUAAACAUCUCUUUCACUCUUGCGCAUUAAAGAGAACACUAUCCGGUUGUGUAAUGUCCGUCGGGGUCGCGGUGCGCCCCUUCGCCCUUCUUGGACCGUAGCUGGCGGCUUCCUCAUCCGACCUGCGAGCGCUUUCGGCUGGCCGCGAGUCUCUCCAGUGCAUCGCUAUGGAUGCGGUGUGGAUGCUGCUGCUGCUGUUUCCACUCCUGAUGUGGACCAGCAGCACGUUUGUGUUCUAUUUUAAAAAGUUCUUCUACGUGGCAUGGAUGAUGUUCCUGGCCAUACUGGGGAUUCCCAUAUGUUUACUUAAAAGCGGAGGGAGAGACGUGGAAAACAUGAGGAUUAUCCGUUCUAUGGUCCGUCAUGUCAAGUACUUGCUUGGGCUUCGAAUCGAAGUGAGCGGCUGGGAGCACCUGCAGACAGAAGGGCCUUAUGUCAUCAUCUCCAACCACCAGAGCUCCCUGGAUGUUCUGGGGAUGAUGGAGAUCCUACCCAACCGCUGCUCCACGAUAGCCAAGAAGGAGCUGGUUUACGCGGGCACGGUUGGCCUCAUCUGCUGGCUCGCCGGCAUCGUUUUCAUCAACCGCAAAAAGACGAGCGACGCCAAGAGCGUCAUGGCCGACGCUGCCAAAACCAUGCUCGACGAGCAGAUUCGAUUGUGGGUCUUCCCAGAGGGAACGCGCAACCAGAAUGGCGACUUGCUGCCCUUUAAAAAAGGGGCUUUCCACCUGGCUGUGCAGGCACAAGCUCCCAUUGUACCUGUAGUCUUUUCCUCCUACAGCAGUUUCUACCUUCGGAAAGAAAAGCAGUUCAAAUCAGGGGUCAUCAGGUUGAGGAUCCUUCCAAAGAUUGAGACAAAGGGACUGACCUCAGACGACGUGUCUUGGCUGUCCGACCAAUCGCACAGCCUGAUGCGUACCGCUUUCCUGGAAAUCUCCGACUCUGUAGCCAAGAGCAACGGGCCCCUAAAGCACUGAAAUAUCGGCCAAUACAGCCUCUUGGUUUUUCUUUUUCCAUCCCCUGUCGGAGACCUCCCAGCCCCUCAGACCUCUCUGCUUUCUACCGGAAGGCCCCGUGGCCUGACCGGGAGACGAGACGAGGACGUCUCUGUCCUCUGGCCCGAUCGGAAGAGCUCAGUCAGUCCUGACCCUCAGAGGCGCUCGGCGCGGCGCGAGUGGAAUGACGGACGGCAAGCCGAACAGUACGGAUGUGUGUCAUUCAUGCAUGCCUUCUGGAUGACUCUGUCCUCCUUCACUGUUGCUUUGUACUUUGGCUUCAUUUCCCCAAUCUUGAACAAUUUUUGUUUUCCUUUCUCCUUUCUCCCCACAUUUUUUUCUUUUUUUUUUUCUUGUUGCCUUUUGUUUAUUGGAUAAACUUUGACGGUUUUUUCCCCAUAACGUCUCUGGAUAUUUAUGUGCUCCUCUCAUAUUGCCUUGAGUUUAUUUUCUUCUUUAUAGAUAUACUCACAGCACCCCAUCUUCGUCCUUCCUUUGCUCUUUAUUGUUUUCUGACUUUUCGGCAUUCCAGACUCUUUGCUCAAAUGGCCAGCAGAGCGGGAUCUCCACCCGAGGUUGGAGGAAACGCUACGAAUUCAACUCGUUUACGUUCACAUUGGCUCGGCGGCGUGACACCCCGUCAGCGAUCGAUUAACGAGCUUAGCAAACUGAUCAGUGUCUUGUGUUUGUGUUCUUUUUCCAAAGCAGCAGAAAUAACCGUCGUGCAGCAAUCAGCAGCAAGUUUCCUCUCGCGGUCUUCUGUGUGUAUGUUUUUUUUGUUUAGUUUUUUUUUUUUGCUCUAUUUAUAUUUUCCACAUAGGAUUAGAUUUGUUUUCCGGCUUUUUAAAAGCGAACCACGUGUUUUUGCUCCUUAGGAACAACUCCAUAUUUAAAAUGUGUCGGAAGGCGACUGACUGUCUUGAAGUGAUGCCGUUUUAGUAUUACAGUUCCAAAGUGCAAGCUACCUGCUGUGCCAUGACAUUUCCUAUAAAAACGUCUAAGGAAUGCUGACUGAUUUACCUUUUACCAAUAAUAUGAAGCCAAUCUAAUGGGCGUGUCACUAAUUCUUAUCUCACGCGAUUAGCAAGCCUGUACCUAAUAGGAGUUUAAGUUAAAAAUCUAUUUUUGGGUGACUGAACUGAAGUUUUUGUUGUUGUUCAUCUUCAAAAAAAAACAAAAACAAAUAGUUUUUAGUUUUGAUUAAGUUGAGACUUCUUCUCCAGAGGGAUUACUGCAUUAUUUGAAAUAAAUAGUGAAGAUUUUUUGGCCUUAUUUUUGGUUUGGUUGCUGUUGCGCUUUGACAUUUUGGCAUUUUGUUUUUCUUUAUGUUGUGUCUUAGAUUAACCACAUCAGACUGACUGACUUCCUGUUAUUUUUGCCUCCAGGUUUUGCUCACUGCCUUUACACGGUCACCUGUUUUGCCCAUCAAACGCCGUUUAAGAAUGUACUGCAGUGUUCAGGGUCUUGUUUUUGUUCUUUACUUUUCUGAAGAUAAUUUUUAGCUACUGCAGCCUCCAUUUAUCGGUGACCCUUAAACAAUUGGUUGAAAAUCCUUAGAAAUGUUUGUUUUGCUAUGUACCAGGGAAACAGAACAUUGUUGAUUGCUAAUGAAAAGUUCCUCGGCAUUCUGAUAAUCUUAAACAAGUGAAUAGAAAUAAUUCAGUUGCACAUACUUUAUAGGAACUUCUCUAAUGUUUUAAAAUGUCGAAGCAUUCAUAACAAGGAAGCACACUUCUCUGGGAAUCGUGUCUAGAUUGACCAGAAUUCUGUCCUUUCACAGAUUUUCUGGCGAAAUGCAAGAUGGUUGAUAUUGUGUCUGAAGACUUUGACCAAAUAUUUUGGUGCAUUAUCCUACCAAAAUACCCCAAUUACCAAUUUUUAUUUAUUUAUUUAAUUUUUUAAAUGCCGUAGUAUUUCAAAAAGUGAAUGAUCGCUUGGACACUUUAAAGGCGCUCUGGCUGGAAAAACGUGCCCGCAGCCUCACAGGUCCUCCAACGUACUUCGCAAUAAGAGUGACUGGUUCCAAAAAGAAAAAAAUCAGGUUAAAUUUGACCAAAGCACUUUGUUCCAUUUAAACUCUCAAGUAGAGUUUAACUAAUAAUCUUCAAGUCAGAAAAAGGUUGUUUUUUUUUUCCUCUCUCUCUCUUUUCUUUUGACCAUCUAGGUACUGUCAAAGUUUCAUUCUAAUUUUAUUUUUCUUUAAAGAAAUGCAUAAAACGAAUACGUUUAUGUUAUAGGUACCACUAGGGGUUAAAAUAACAAAAUGUACUCAAAUUAAAAGUUAGGUUUUCCUAAAGUAUUUUUACUUUAUACCGCACCUGUUCUGUUCUGCAGCGUACAGCAGGUUUAAGCACCUAGAAGUUAGGGGUUUUUUUAUUUUGUUUUUGAGCUGCAAAUUUUCUCCCAGCUUGUUAUAAACACAGUCCUUCAGAGUAAAUAAAUUCAUUCAUCUAGACGUACAUGUUCAGUCUGUACGCUGCUGUUUGCACUCGGUAGUUUUAGGGAUUCCAGCUUCGAAUACAUGAGAGAGCCUGGAUGGCAUUUCAGUAUACUCCAGUACUACUAAUAACUAAAUGGUUUGUUUUUUUGUUUGUUUGUUUUUUCUAGGUUAGAUCAGAUUGUUGCCUUUUUUUUUUUUUUGUAAGAAGUAUUUGAAGUCUGCAACAACUUCUCCAAAUGUUUAAAAGCACUCUACCAAACUGGAUUGUUCCAAAAAUACAAAGUGUAUCAUAUAUAUUCUGUUAAUUUCCUGGUUUUAUUAUACUAGUACUCCUACUUUUUUUUUAUUUUUUUUUUAUUUAUUUUUUUUUUAAGUAUUAUUAUUUCUAUUGACGCAACCGGCUCUACAGCAAUCAUUACCGUCAAGUUUUGGCCGCUUCUUUAAUAUGUAGGAAAUAAUUUUAAGAUAUUCCCAACUUCAAUAAAGCACUUUUUAUUCCUCGA